UUCACUUUGAAAACAUCUUCGACACUUCAAUUGUUCUUAAAUCCUUAUUACACGCAGUCAAUAUUUUCAUUAUGGCAGUCAAAGAUUCUGGCGCCUCUUUGGCGACAAACCUGGUGUCUCGAACGACCGCCACCAAGCUACAUUCUAUUCUUCUUCUCCCAGGCGAUGGGGUCGGACCCGAGAUAGCUGAAGAGGCUCUCAAAGUACUAUCGACUAUCACAAAGACAUCUGGUGUUCAAUUCAGAAUCCGCAAAGCAAUAACUGGUGGCUGCAGUAUAGAUGCACAUGGCACUCCUUUGACAGACGAUGUUUUACAGCUUGCCAAAGACAGUGAUGCAAUUCUCUUUGGUGCUGUUGGAGGACCAAAGUGGGGAGCUGGCGCUAUUAGGCCAGAAGCAGGUCUUCUUACUCUCCGAAAGGAACUUUCUCUAUUCGCCAAUCUCCGUCCUUGCAAUCUCCCCUCAGCAUCACUCACCAACCUCUCACCUCUUCGUCCAGAAAUCAUAGCCGGAACGGAUUUCGUUAUUGUCCGUGAGAACUGUGGAGGUGCUUAUUUCGGCACGAAAGUCGAAGAAGCUGAUUUCGCGAGUGAUCCAUGGGCGUACUCUAGAUCUGAGAUUGAGCGAGUAGCUCGAGUUGCAGCUAAGCUUGCUUAUGCAAUGGGAAAGGAAAAUCCAAAUUUGAGCUCUGAUGGAAACGGUGGACCGACUCAAGUUAUCAGUUGUGACAAAGCGAACGUGCUGGCUAGUUCCAGACUCUGGAGAAAGGUUGUGACGGAAGUCUACCAGGAAGAGUUUCCAGAUAUCAAAAUCAGCCAUCAACUUGCUGAUAGCGCGGCUAUGCUAAUGAUGAAAGCGCCGACGAGUUUUAACGGAGUUGUGGUUAUGGACAACACUUUCGGAGACAUCCUCAGCGAUGUUGCGAGUGUAGUUCCUGGUAGUUUGGGACUAUUACCAAGUGCCAGCUUGAGUGGGUGGCUGGGAGAAGACGAAGAGGGCAAGUUGAGGGGUCUGUAUGAGCCCGUUCACGGAAGUGCCCCAGACAUUGCGGGUAAAGGGAUUGUGAACCCAGCUGCGAUGAUACUCUCGGUUGCCAUGAUGCUGAAGUACUCAUUUGGCAUGACCAAGGAGGCGAAAGACAUCGAAAAAGCGGUAGCAAAAGUACUCGACUCUAAGGAUGCUGGAGGACUGGAAAUCCGCACCGGCGAUCUCGGAGGAAAGGCAAGCACAAACCAAAUAGGAGACGCAAUAUGUGAAGUACUCUUAGAUAACAACAAGUAGAGAUAAUCAAAUAUAUACAUGGCUCUUUUUUCA